UAAAGGAUAUCUCACAAAGAACAAGAAAUAACGUCACAACACAUAAGGAUCACAGUGGAUUUGAACCCAUGGGUUUGAACCAUCGUUGGGUCACCAUAGAACAUGUUACGGAAUAUAAAGAAUAUUCUGUUCUUUUAGCGAUCAUAUCAUGGAUUCUUAGAGUAUUGCAAUCUCACAUUAACAUGCACAUGCAGCAGACCUAUUUAAGUAUGCGGUCGCUCAAUGAUCAUUGGCGGGUCACAUUAACUACAGGAUCCGUGAAUGGAAUAUAAUAGCUUGGAGGAACACAGGUGUCAAAGACAUCAUUUUCCCGUGAAAAAAAUCUCAAAAAUAAAAAGCUGAAAAAUUAAAAAUAACGGAAAUGACUUAAGAAACAAAAUUUCGAAUUCAAUAAAACGCCGUGAGGCUGUUUUACAGUCUUUCAAAUAUAGAAUACGGCUCUCUGCGGUUCUUACAACGCCGUAUUCAUAAUAAACAGAGGUUUGUUUUACCAUCAGUCCCGCCAUCAAUCAUAAUCAAAAUUGUCAUUUGACAGAAAUCGUAAUAAAACACAGUUGCAUCUAAACAGAGGUCGUUAAAAUAUAAAUCUAAUUAAUACAUGGCAUUUUGAUUUCUAUCCCUUACUCUCUAUUGCACAUUGGGAAUACAUAGAAAUCUAGGUUUUAUGUUUAGCUAGAAAACCACAUUUGGGUGCUAUGUUUAUUCGAUUCUCGAUCAUCCAGCGUGAUAUCAACCUAACCCAGCAUACAUCGGAACUUUCAUUUCAUUCUACAGCGAGCACCUGGACCUCAAUCACACCCUGAAUUAAAGGUAGACUCUAAUAUGCAUAGCUGUUAUUCAUAAAUAUGGAAUAUUGGCCACUUCACUACUAUAAGUGUAUGGAGUCCUAACAAGAGCAACGCAGGCGGCGUGGCCAGGGUACAAAAAUAGGCGAAAACAUUAAAAUUUACGAGGCAAAAGAGGAUACUUCUAAAUGACAGACUUUACAGUUUUAGUAAAAAAAUCGGCACGAAAUAGUUUUUUGGAAAGUUUUGACGCACAGUUAUACAUGCAUGUGUACUUGAUGGUGAUGAUGCGAAUGCGUUUAUACUAUCAAAUCCCAAAAUAGAAAAGUAUACUCAAAAUAAAGAAAAUGUGUUUAGUAGAACUUUAAGAAAAAGUUCAGAGGAUUAAGAUGGAUUAAUUCUAGGGAAAUCAAAUUAGUUUGUUUUAGUUAAUUUCCUUACGCAUGCUGGUCUAGUUUACAUUGGCACCCUAGAAUGUUGAGCCUAAAGUAAUCUAACCGAAAAUAAAUCAAUAUGGAUUAGAUCUUGUUUUCCAAAUCUAUCAACAUCGAUUCGGGUAUCAGGACACUACCUGGGUAGUAGGUGUACCUUGUAGUGAUAAAUCCGGCUGUGGAUGAAGAAAACCGAUUAUUCAAACCCGCUAGCACCCUUUCAAGUUGUUAACUUGUUGAAGUUUAACGGAUACUCAAUCAGAUCGAGAAUAAUGUAUUGACAAUAACAGGGGACGACACCAUCUGUUUAUAAGUAGCAAACUUAUACUUCAAGUCUAAAAUACCAUUUAUUUUCGAUUUAUCAACAUUCUAAAAUCACCUGGAAUAAUAAGAGGAUGAUGUGAUAAGCCGAUUAUGGAUCAGGGUACGUCGGAAGGAACUUACUAGUGAAGGUGUACUCAGCACCGAGUAACGGACGUGGUCAUGGUCUGUGGUCAAAAUAUGUGGUCAGGGAUACGCUGAAGAACAGCCGCAGGAUCUUUCCUCUUUUUCCCAAGGAAGCUUAUCUAAAGAAAAAAAACUAUAUGCAUUGUAUACGUAAGCGUUAAUGGACAUGAUGUGGGGGCAUCUCCGGGGACGUCGAUAUAGCAGUUGCUAAAGUACGUCAGAUUGGCCAGGAAUGGGGUACUUCAUCAAACUGUAAAUGGAGGCUUAUAUCGACGUUUCAGUGAUGCUUAAUUAGUAAUGUAAAGUAGCUACAAAUAAAAAAAAAGUUUCAAAAGAGUGAGUUAUACAUGUAGUUGUCAGUGCAUGGCAGUACCGUAUUGUCAUCAUCAGUUAAAUAUAGGAGUUUGAGGGAUGAACAAGAUACAUACACAGCUAUGGCUCUUUCCUUAGAUUAAGCCGUUAUGUUAAACGCAAAUGUUUUUAAUUAUGAAUUAGUGGUAAUUGGAAGAUUACGAAUAUAAAAGACCGAUUCACACUGGCAAUUAGUUCGAUUAUUAGCUGUAACAUCAUGACGAUCUCCUUGAGAAAUGUCAGCGCUUGUCGAAGACUGAAUCUGAAAAAAUCGUGGAUUUUCUUAGUGUCGUUAUCAGUUGUGUAUUACGUCACAAGGACUUGGACAGAAUCGGUUGUUCAGGAAAGGAGACCAAGAUUAAGACAUUUGCAAAUUGCUCAGGAUGAUACAUCGUUACGAUAUGUCGAAAACAGAAAAAAUAAAGUUUCAGCACAACCUAGAGACGCCAUGCAGCAUAUUCGCAAUGGGGACCAUAGAGAAGCAGUUGAAUCCAAAUCCUACCCGCAUUUACAGCUCAUUUCGGAGACAGUCGAGAAGAUGAACGCUUAUGGACCCGUACCAAGCGAAUGCUCAAACAAAACGUAUGAUCUCAACAUUCUUCCAGUGACAUCCGUAAUCAUAACAUUUUGUGACAAUGAGCGGCUGCUAGACAUUCUGCAUACGGUACACUCCAUCAUUCAGCGCACUCCAGAGCAGCUUAUUCAUGAGAUCAUCCUUGUGGAUGACAAUACACGUCGAGAUGAGUUGAAAUCUGUACUUCGGAUCUACGGAGAGAACGUUUUCAACGGAAAGGUCUUAACGCUGAGAGCGAACACGACACUGGGGUUAAUCCAAGCACGUGUGAUGGGCGCCAAAGCCGCCUCUGGAGACGUUAUUGUCUUCUUAGAUGCUCACAUGGAGGUUCAGAAGGGAUGGUUAGAACCGUUGGUAGCAGAAAUUGCGAAAGAUGAUCACACUCUCGCAGCGGCCUAUGUUGACUGGCUUGCCUGGAAAGGAUCUGAUUGGCAAUAUACCGUAGUCGGAAGUACUUGGACAACUUACUUUGAUUGGGGUUUAAACUUUGGUUGGCAGGAUAUAUCAGACAGGAGGAAAGAAGCGAGAGACGACCCGACGGCACCAAUUAGGUCAGCUGUAAAUCUAGGAUGCAACGUGGCGAUCAGCAGGAAGUUCUUCGAGUCUCUUGGUUGGUUUGACGAGCGACUUCAGUUUUGGGGAGGAGAAAACAUAGAAUUAUCAAUCAAGGUGUGGAUGUGUGGUGGAAAGGUUGUAAACAUGCCUUGCUCACAUAUAGCACACAUGGAACGCCCACAUCAACGAACUUACAGAAAUGACAAGAAUGAUAUCAUUCAAAAUAAUUACAAAAUGAUAGCAGAAAAAUGGUUUCCCAGUCAAUACAAAGAUUUGUUUUAUUCUUACUAUCCGAAAUUGAAGGCAGUUCUACCGAUUGGAGAAACCAAUUAUUCUUUAGAUACGAGACAAUCACUGGAGAGACAAACCGAUCUAAGAUGCAAUACAGACUUUGAGAUAUUUUUAAAUAAAGCCAUUCCAGAACUAGGUGUUCCAUUUAAAGAAAUUGCAUGGGGCACUGUUCGACUAGUCGACCAGACACAGCCCAUUUGUCUCCAUUUUGAUGGCAAAUAUACACCGGUCAUCGCUUCACUUUGCUCCGAGCACAACACCCUUAGUCAGGGCUUAUUUUGGUCGAAAGAUGGCACAAUACGCACUCCAAUAUUAAGCAUGGAGGUUUCGAGAGAUGGUGUUGAAAUGGUAGAAUCAUUUACUCAUCAUGGAACAGAGGACAUCACCAAAUGGGCACAUGUCAGGGAUGGCUCGAUAAUGGAUUUGAAAUCGGGAAAGUGUCUACAACUAGUCAAAAAUAACAAAAUAAGACUAACAAAGUGCAAACAAAAAUACAGCAAACAAAAAUGGACUUUUCAACACUAUGGUGAAGAAUACCCAGCUUUUUACAAAAGCACGAAGAAGAAAACUUUUCAAGAAAUAAGAACACUGUUUGUAAAUGUAUUCGAUAGAUCCUAUGAAAAUAAAACUACAAACAAUGAUUAUCGAUGA